UUGAGCGCAAAGAGGUGCUAGACUUUAACAGGGCAGUGUGUGAUCAGACAGGGGUUUAAUGUGUAUUUUUGACCGUUUUACCGCAACAUCUCAUAGAACAGAUGUUGGUAAUUAGUUAAAUAUUGUAAUUUGGAACCGCUGCUUGUUUUUUAACCCUUAAAUUUAGUGUGAACUUUCUUCAACGAGACUUUUUGAGAAGUAACCGUCCGGAGAGGCAGCUUAACUUUGGGCUGGCGACCUUAUGUGGAUUUUACAGAAAAUAUGGAGCAGAUACCCGGUUUCUUCCUGGGCAAGUCGCUAGUUUUCGUCUCCUGCUUCAUUCAGUUGUCUUUGGCUCUGCAGUGCGUGGAUGAUAAGGCGCCUUGUGUGAACAAUGCUACAUGUCUGACCUUCAACAACGGCACUGAAUAUUGCAGGUGUGCUCCUGGCUUUCUGGGUGAGUACUGCCAACACAAGGACCCUUGUCAUCCUGGCUACUGCCUGAAUGGAGGGAACUGCUCUGUGUCCAUGUCAGCUGGUGUACCUGUACCAAGUAGCGCCAGCUGCACCUGCCCUCUGGGCUACACUGGGCAAUAUUGCCAAACUCCCCAGAACUCCACAUGUUACCCUAAAAACCCCUGUGCCAACAAAGGAGUCUGCACUCUGCUCUCCCUUGACAAAUACGAGUGUGUGUGCGCCAGAGGAUGGACAGGUAAACGCUGUGAGCACGAGGACAGCUGUCUCUCCAGUCCCUGUGCCAACGGUGGAACAUGCAGUACUAUAACUACCUUCGGUGGUAGUUAUACCUGUUCCUGUCCUUCUGGCUACAAAGGUCCUCGCUGCCUUAAUGACACAAAUGAAUGUGCAGACACACCCUCUCUUUGCCAAAAUGAUGGCGAGUGUGUCAACACUCCAGGCUCCUACAGGUGUGUCUGUAAACCAGGGUUUACGGGCCAACACUGUGAAAGCUCAUAUAUCCCUUGCUCACCCUCCCCGUGCCUCAAUGGGGGCACCUGCCAUCAAAGCACUGAAACCAGCUACUCGUGCCACUGCCUUCCAGGUUUCAAUGGAACUAACUGUGAGAACAACAUUGAUGACUGCCCUAAUCAUCAGUGUGCCAAUGGAGGAACUUGUAUGGAUGGAGUCAAUACCUACAACUGUCAGUGCCCUCCUGAGUGGACUGGUCAGCACUGUACAGAGGAUGUGGAUGAGUGUCGGCUGCAGCCAAAUACUUGCCAGAAUGGAGGCACAUGCAGCAAUCUGAUAGGCAGCUACGUCUGUGUGUGUGUUAAUGGCUGGAGUGGACCUGACUGCUCCGAAAACAUCGAUGAUUGCGCUACAGCUUCAUGCAGCGAAGGCUCCACUUGCAUUGACCGCGUUGCUUCUUUUAUCUGUCUUUGUCCUCACGGAAAGACAGGUUUGCUCUGCCACAGAGAUGAUGCCUGUAUCAGUAACCCAUGCAGAAAUGGCUCGCAGUGUGACACCAACCCCAUCAGUGGCAUGUUCAACUGCAACUGUCCACCUGGAUAUGUAGGCAGCACCUGCAACAUUGACAGAGAUGAAUGCAGCAUUGGUACCAACCCAUGUGAGCAUGGAGGUCAGUGUAUGAACACAGAUGGCUCUUUCAAAUGCAACUGUGUUAGGGGUUACGCUGGGCCUCGAUGUGAACAAGACGUCAAUGAAUGCGCUUCAAACCCCUGCCUGAACGAUGGCACUUGUCUGGAUCGCAUUGGAGACUACACCUGCAUUUGCAUGCCUGGAUUUGAGGGGACUCAUUGUGAGAUGCAGGUGAACGAGUGUAUCAGCUCCCCAUGUCUGAACCAGGGUAAAUGUGUGGACCAUGUCAGUCGUUUUGUCUGCGAGUGCCCAGCAGGCUUUAGUGGUGAAAUGUGUCAAAUAGACAUAGAUGAGUGUUCCAGCACACCCUGCUUAAACGGUGCCAAGUGCAUCGACCGACCCAACGGAUACGACUGCGAAUGUGCUGAAGGUUUUAAAGGUAUUCUUUGCGGGGAGAACAUUAAUGAUUGUGAUCCACCGCCAUGUCACCAUGGUGUGUGUAAGGAUGGCAUUGCCACCUUCUCCUGUGAGUGUAUACCUGGAUACACAGGCUCCAUCUGUAAUAUCCAGGUCAAGGAGUGCCACAGCAACCCGUGUCAGAACCAAGGACGCUGUAUUGAUCUGGUUAAUGCUUACCAGUGUAACUGCCUGCCUGGAACCACAGGUGUGAACUGCGAGAUCAAUGAGGAUGACUGUGCAAACAACCCGUGUGAGUACGGCGAGUGCCAUGAUGGCAUCAAUGAGUACAAAUGUGUGUGCUCCCCUGGCUACACAGGAGCUAAAUGUGAUGUGGACAUAUCUGAGUGUUACUCAAACCCAUGUAUGAGUGGGGGAACCUGCGUGGACAAGGUGAAUGGGUUCUACUGCCAGUGCCCACCCAACACCCAUGGUCCUUUCUGCCUGUCUGGGACUGACCACUGUGCUUCUCAGCCUUGUGUACAUGGGGAAUGUAUUGAAGAGCAACACGGGUACCGUUGUAAUUGUGGAGCUGGCUGGGUAGGACGGCUUUGUGACCAGGAAAAGAACGAGUGCCAGUUAAAUCCAUGCCAGAAUGGUGGAAUCUGUGUGAACCGACACAAUGAUUACACCUGUCGAUGCCAACUAGGAUUCACAGGUGCCAACUGUGAGAAAAACAUAGACGAAUGUGCAUCUGGCCCAUGUCUGAACCAUGGCAUUUGUAGAGAUGGAAUUAACAGUUAUACAUGCCAGUGUAGUCCUCCUUUCACAGGUAAACACUGUGAGGUGGAACAGGAUCCCUGUGUCUCUCAUCCUUGUGAAAGGGGAGGAGUGUGUCUUCCAUCACCAGAUUACACCACUUACACCUGUAGAUGUCCCCCUGGUUGGCAAGGUACACGCUGUAAUGAGGAUGUGAAUGAAUGCACAUGGAACCCCUGCAGAAAUGGUGGUAGUUGUCUUAACACUCAAGGGAGCUACAUGUGUAAAUGUAGACACGGAUACAGCGGGCACAGCUGUCAGACAGACAUUGAUGACUGUUCUCCAAACCCAUGCCUGAAUGGAGGCUCGUGUGUGGACAGAGUUGCUAGCUUCUCCUGUGUCUGUCGCCCGGGCUUUGAAGGGGAGCGCUGUGAGACUGAGAUAGAUGAGUGUGCAAGCAAGCCCUGCAGCAAUGGGGCCACCUGUCAGGAUUAUGUCAACAGCUUUGUGUGUACAUGCCAACCAGGCUUUAAUGGAAUCCGGUGUGAAUACAACAUCAUUGAAUGCACUAAGAGCUCAUGUCUGAAUAAUGGGACUUGCAUUGACGACAUCAACACCUUUUCCUGCCAUUGCCGCCCUGGUUUUUAUGGGGAAUUUUGUGAGUACGAGCAGAACGAGUGUGACUCACAACCCUGUAAGAAUGGAGGCACCUGCACUGAUGGCCUGGGUACUUACCGCUGCACCUGUCCUGUUGGAUACGGUGGACACAACUGUCAGAACUAUGUUAACUUGUGCAGCCAAGUACGCUGUCACAAUGGUGGCUCCUGCUCUCAGACAGCAACUGAAUGGAAAUGCCACUGUCAAAUGGGAUGGACUGGACUUUACUGUGAUGUACCCAACAUGUCUUGUCAGGACUUUGCUGCCAGGAAAAGUCUGGAAGUGGAGAAUGUGUGUAAGAACGCAGGGCGAUGUGUCAAUGUGGAACACUCCCAUAAGUGUAACUGCCAGCCAGGAUACAUGGGCAGCUACUGUGAAGAGAUGAUUGAUGAGUGUCAGUCAAACCCUUGUAGGAAUGGAGCUACGUGCAUGGAUUAUCAGGGCACAUAUGAGUGUAUAUGUCAACCAGGUUACCAGGGAGUGAACUGUGAGUAUGAUGUGGAUGAAUGCCACUCUAAACCCUGUCUCAAUGGAGGAAGGUGUAUCAACCUCAUCAACCGUUUUACCUGUGCCUGCCCACCUGGAACACAUGGACUCCAGUGUGAGGUGAAUGAGGAUGACUGUGCCCCCAAGUCUGGCUCCUCUGAACCACGCUGUCUGAAUGGAGGACAGUGCGUCGAUGGUGUGGGCCGUUACACAUGCUCCUGCCCUGCAGGGUUUGUAGGUGAACACUGUGAAGGGAAUGUAAACGAAUGCCUGUCUGGGCCCUGCCAUGCCCUUGGUAGCUUCGACUGCAUUGAGGGGGAUAAUGAUUAUCAGUGCCUCUGUCACCUUGGAUACACAGGUCGUCAUUGUGAAUCCAUGGUGGAUCUGUGUUUGUCUAAGCCAUGCCAUAACGGUGGUUUCUGCUCUAUGAACAUGAGCUCAGUGCAUGGCUUCACCUGCUCUUGUCCUCCUGGCUUUACUGGAUACAGCUGUGGUAAAAUAGAAAAUUACAACUGUGCAAAACUACGUUGUAAGAAUGGUGGCCAGUGCGUGGAAUCAUCAUCUGGCCAUCUGUACUGCCAGUGUCGACAAGGUUUCAGCGGGCCGCACUGUGAGAAUGAGCAGAGAUGCCCCAUGACCUGCCUAAAUGGAGGAACCUGUGUCAAAGACCCAUCCAACCCAUUCCAGCACACCUGCCAUUGCCCCAUUGACUUUUCCGGACGGUAUUGUGAGAGAAACCAUCCAGUACCACCCACCUGCCCCAAUCAGCAGUGUAAGCAGCAAUCUGGAGAUAAAGUGUGUGACGACGAGUGCAACAACUAUGAAUGUGAGUGGGACGGAGGCGACUGCUCGCUCAGCAGAUUGCAGCCUUGGGCUAACUGCACCGCCAGCUCUCGCUGCUGGGAUCUCUUUAAGAAUGGACGAUGUGAUAAGGAAUGUGACAACUCCAAAUGCCUCUUUGAUAGCUUUGAAUGCCAGGAAACCCCACUGACCACUUGCAAGUAUGACAAGUACUGCGCAGAUCACUAUGGAAAUGGCAUCUGUGACAGAAGCUGCUUCACAGAGGCAUGUGGCUGGGAUGGCCUGGACUGUUCCGGUGACAUACCAGCAAACUUUGCUACUGGCACUCUGAUCAUCGUGGUACGGCUGCAGCCUAAGGAGCUGCUUGGAGACUUGAGGGGUUUCUUACGCUUUCUUGGAGCCCUGCUGCACACUAACGUGCAGGUGAAGAAGAAUGAAAAGAAUGAACCAAUGGUGUUACCUUACUACGGGGACGAGCAUGGACAAGAUGUACAAAGCAGCAGAAGCAAGCGGGAGCUGGACAGAGAGGUUAUUGGCUCUGUAGUGCACCUGGAAAUUGAUAACCGGAAAUGUUCACAGAGCUCCUCUCAGUGUUUCUCUGACACUGAUGAAAUAGCAUCCUAUAUUGCUGCGGCACACAUCAAGGCUGAACUACCUUACCCUCUUGUGUCUGUUACAAGUGGCCCGACAAUCAAGCCUGAUAAACCAUACCUGAUGUACCUGGUUGGAGUAGCUGUGGUUGUUAUUCUGCUUAUUCUGGUGCUGGGGAUGCUAGCAGCAAAGAGGAAGCAUAAACAUGGUGUGCUGUGGCUGCCCGAUGGCUUUUUGGUCCCUAAAAAUGACAAGAGGAGAGAACCUGUUGGACAAGAUGAUUUUGACAUGAAAAAUUUCAAGACACAGGAUGGAGUCUUGAUUGAUGGAGGUCAGAGUCAGAGAUGGCUUGAAGAUGAAGUCCCAUCCAAAAAAACAAGAACCGAAGACAAACCUCUGCUGCCCAUGGAUGGAGGUGUUGAUCGAAGAGAGUGGACCCUGCAGCAUCGCAAAGCAGCGGACAUCACACUCACUCCUCCACAGGCUGACCCAGAUGCUGACUGUCUGGAUGUUAAUGUCAAAGGACCAGAUGGCUUUACUCCUCUAAUGCUGGCAUCACUGCGUAACGGUGGAGGCCCGGAAUGCAGCCUGCACGGAGAGGAGGAGGAAGAGAGCGGAGGAGAUGAACCAGGGCCGAGUGUCAUUUCAGACCUGAUCACUCAAGGCGCGUCUUUGAUGGCUCAGACAGAUCGUACAGGAGAAACAGCUCUCCACCUGGCUGCCCGCUACGCCAGGGCUGAUGCUGCCAAGAGACUGCUGGAUGCUGGAGCAGAUCCCAACGCCCAUGACAACAUGGGUAGGACUCCACUUCAUGCUGCAGUGGCAGCUGAUGCCCAGGGAGUCUUUCAGAUUCUGAUCCGGAAUCGUGCAACAGAACUGGAUUCCAGGAUGAACGAUGGCACAACUCCACUGAUCCUGGCCGCCCGGCUAGCUGUAGAGGGCAUGGUGGAAGAACUCAUCCACUGCCACGCUGAUAUUAACGCUGUAGACGACCAUGGCAAAUCUGCUCUGCACUGGGCAGCUGCAGUUAAUAAUGUAGAGGCCACUCUUGUGCUUUUGAAGAAUGGAGCCAAUCGUGACAUGCAAGACAAUAAGGAGGAAACUCCCUUGUUUCUUGCAGCCCGAGAAGGCAGCUUCGAAGCGGCUCAGGUUCUCCUCGACCACUACUCAAAUCGUGAUAUCACUGACCACCUGGACCGGCUUCCUCGCGACACUGCUCAAGAGCGCAUGCAUCAUGAUAUUGUCCGUCUACUGGACCAGUACAAUUUGGUUCACAGUCCACACAAUGGGUCGAACCACAUGGGUGGAGGAGGAAACCCGUCUGUUAUGUGUGGAGCCAACGGAGCAGGCUUUAUAGGCGUGCGCCCUGGACCACAGGGCAAGAAGAGCAGGAGGAGCGGCGGUGGGGCCAAGGUGGGAGGUGUUGGUGGGGGAGCUAAGGACCUGAAAGACAUGAAGACAAAAAGAAGAAAGAAGCCUGCAGGUGGAGAGGGGCCAGGUUUGGGUGCUGCAGUAGGAGGAGGAAAUGGAGGGGGUUCAGGAGGAGGGAAUGCAAAUGGUGUCAAGGCAGCAGGGGGGCUUCCAGAAAGCUCUGUCACCAUGUCACCUGUUGACUCUCUGGAAUCGCCUCACUCCUACACAGGGGAUGUUUCUGGCACCAUCUCCACCACAGCAAAUUCGCCUCCUCUUCUAAGCAGUCCAAACUCAAGACCAAUGCUGCCCCCUGUCAGCCACAUGCUGGGACAGCAGCAGGGAUGGGUGGGUAUGACCAAGCAUGGCUACAACAGCCACAUGUUUGGCCUUGUCCCACACCAGAUGGGAGGGUCGCACCCUGGGAUGGGCCACCAACACCACAACCAGGGCCCAGUGCUGACGCCCAUGAAUGUCACCAUGAGCAGAGAGCAGCUGCCACCCAUCGUUACAUUUCAGAUGAUGGCACCCGGAGCGAGCCAGGCCAUGAUGAAGAAGCCUCAGCCAGGUCAGGUACAAGUCACUCAGUCCCAGGGGCAGAACCAGAAUCAGGUCCACUCACAGCAAGGGCCAGGCCACCUCCGCUGCAGCCAAGGUAUGAUUUACCAGAUGCCCGAUCAGAUGACCAUGACACAUGGGCUCCCCCACCCUCUGCAGCAUCCACAUAACGUCAGCAACACCGGCCACGGAGGGAUUGAGGGCCAGUCUCGACCCAUGGCCUCCUAUCCGCCCAUGCAGAGCCCCGUGGAUAAAUACCCAACGCCCCCCUCCCAGCAUAGUUACACCAAUGGUAGCUCAGAAGGCACCACACCAGGUCACUCUGCCCACCCACCCAGUGAGCACCCGUAUCUCACUCCUUCACCCGAAUCUCCAGACCCAUGGUCCUCCUCUUCACCGCACUCCAACUCGGACUGGUCUGAUGUCACCACCAGCCCCACCCCUCUGGGGAACUCCCACCACACACUGCCAUCAUCACACCACAAACACAUUCCAGAGCAGGGGCAGAUGCAGCCACCAUCUCAACAGAUGCAGCAGCCCUCGCAACAGCCUCAGCUUGGAAACAUGCAGGUGUUUGCAUAGAACCACCAGAGGAAACCAGAAACUGACUGACUUUAAGGUUCUGUGUUGUUAAAUAACAUAGAAACACAAUCACUGCUCUCCUACUUCUCUCUUAAAUUCUCCUUGUCCUUCAUUGUAAUAAUUAGUCACUUUCUCUUUUUAUGUUCUCUCCUCCUCUUUGCACUUAAGAAAACUGUGUAUAGUUUCUCCGUUAUUGAAUAUUAUCAGCUAGAGAUCAAAACCUUUCAAUACCAGAAGCAUGGAUUUGACUUUCACAAGCUCAGAAAGCUUUUCUGUAUCCCAGCCAAGUGUCCUCAGCUCCCAGCUGGCCCUGUCAAGAGUUUUCUAAAUAAUAACCACUGCUUCACCAACCGGAUGCAUCACAAACUGGAUUAGUGAUUAUGGAGGGAUCAAGGAAGUGCCAAAAAGAUGCUUUUUAGCUGGUAUCAAAUAAACAGACUGUCGAUCAGGACAGUUUAAGGACUAUAUCUGUCUUACACUGACAUCGCCUGCUCUGGAUAACACUUGUUUCUAAUGUGUGUGUUCAGUGUAAUGAGUCUGGCAGUGCUAACUCCUGGUUGAGCUGUUCACUCUUAUUUUUUUUAGGGUUUUUUUUUUUAAUGCAUUGGGUUGCAAUCGGUGUAUGCUUUUAUUCUUAAAGCAAAACUGCCUGUUGGUUCUGUUCUUGUUCAUUCAUUCAUUUGUUGUUUUUGUUCUUCUGAAGGGUGUUUUUGAAAAUGUUGAGAAAGGAAGAAAGAUCAACAGAAAACAAGCGCAUGCUGAUGCAGUGUGCCAUUACUCUUGUGUAAACCUUUUUCUGUGUAUUUCAGCACUUUGAUUAUUGUGUCUACAUACUUAAAAAGGUCAUGAAAUGCAGUAUUUGCAUGCAUGUCAUAGUUGUAAUCCACAUGUUGUGUAAUACUGAUGCUUUGAAGGUAGUGCUGUUACAGAAACACAAGAGUUGAAACCAGAUCAGUUUUUGCAUGUCUUUCAACCAACAGUGUCACUGUUGUUGACAAGUAGCUGAGGUAUUAAUACCAUUUACUGUGUUGUAUAGUAAAACAUACAUUCACUUUGAGGACAUUUUGCUUGUUAGAACUGGGCUUAAUUUGGCUUCUACUUCUUAAAAUUUUAAAAAAGCAAUACCAUGCACACUUCCUAAAUGAUUGUGAAUGUUACAGAGCUGCAUGUUUAAACCAUUACACUGCCUCUUCUCGUCCAAAAAUAUGUAAUCACCUUCUUUAGCUACAAUCAGUGUAUCUGUUCACUUUUUGUAAUCAUCCUGAUUCAGUACUAAGUCUGGAGGUAGUCAAGGAGAAGAUGUUUUUGUAUUUGUUAAUGUCUUCCGUCAUGACCCUGAUGUUGAGCAUAGCUAUGUGCGACUGCUCUAUAAACAGACAAUCAUUACCUGUGUGUUGACAAUUAAAAAAGGAACACCUGUGUCUCUAAGACCAAAUUUUGUUGCAUUCAGCCAAAAAUGUUUAUUUUGUCCAAAUAUCUGUCAGUUGUGGUUUGCAAAAGCCUUGUAAGCAAUCACACACACACACACCCAAAAUGUGGGAUUACUGUGUGUGAACACAUCAAAUGUUCAUGUUUCAUCUUACACUUUUUGGCCCUAUAAUCACAGCAUCCCUGUGGUUUAAAAAACAUGUGCUCUACAUUGAGACGUCUGUCAACAUUUUUAGUACUUGCAGUCUUUUUAGUACAAAUGCAAGGUUUUGUCUAUAUUCUGUAUAUAAAAUGAGUUUUUUCUUGUUUACUGUACUUUUCUCUGUUAACCAAAAUAGCCUAUAAUAUUCAUGCAAUAUGAAGUAGUUGUCAUCAUGUUUGUAUAAGGUAAACCUACGACCGAUUAAACCAAUUGUUCUGGAAAAACCUGAUCAGCUAAAUGUUUUCACUGAAAUAAAGUUCAAAUCUUCUUAAACUUG